CUGCAUUUAAUAUCAGAUCGGCCAGUCACGGAACCUGAAUGAAACGGCGCAGAUUUCCAAUCACUAAAUCCUUCCUCAUCCGCAGCUCCAUCGCGAUCAGUGUUCAUGAGCACCAGAAAGAAAUCAAGGUUGGGCGCCUGGUCGCUCACCUCGUAACGCCGUGCACCCUCCCUCCCUCCUCCAUCCUCCUCUAAUACAAACCCCGUGAUCACCCAUUCACCGGUGCCUGGCGUGCUUUAAGGGGGGGACAAUAAGCCGACCAGUCGAGCUGGUGCAGAGAGGAGGAAAAAAAGUAACCGGGAGACAGGCUGACAGGUGUCGCGGAAGUUUACGCUCGCAUCCCUCCGCGUCUCUUGGUCAGUAUCUGGAAUAAGGAGGCUGUGACUGGCGGUCAUUCGGCUCCCGCUGAUCCCGUGGUCGUCCCAGCCUCGGCCCCCUGAGCACCAACACCUGUGACUCUCCUCCUCCUUGUCCUCCUCUUCUUCCUCCCCUCUUUGACCAGCAGCAGCUCAGUGUGGCGAGGCCAGGGACAAUGGGACGCAAGCUGGACCUGUCGGGCCUAACAGAUGACGAGGCAGAGCAUGUGCUGAAAGUGGUUCAGCGUGACAUGAAGCUGAGGAAGAAGGAAGAGGAGAGGCUGAGUGAGAUGAAGCAGGAGCUCACGGAGGAAGGCAGCAGAUGCUCCAUCCUCUCCAAGCAGCAUCGUUUCAACGAGCACUGCUGCAUCCGCUGCUGCGUGCCCUUCACCUUCCUGUUCAACCCCAAGCGCCAGUGCCUGGAUUGCCAGUACAACGUGUGCAAGACCUGCUGCACCUACAGCAAGAGGGACCGAGCCUGGCUUUGCUCGGCGUGCCAAAAGGGCAGGGUUUUUAGGACGCAGUCCCUUGAAUGGUAUUACAACAACGUGAAGAGCCGCUUCAAGAGGUUCGGCAGUGCCAAGGUUCUGAAAACCCUGUACAGGAAGCACAUCAUCGAGAGAGGAACGUUCUCUGAUCUCCCAGAAAGCAGCGUUCACGGCGGAAGCAACGAUAACGAUGGCAGCGUCUGCGGCAGCGACUCCGUCUUUUACAGGCAGAGUGAAGGACACAGUAUGGCAGAGACGCUCACAGUCGCCCUGCGUGUUGCUGAGGAAGCUAUAGAGGAGGCCAUCGCUAAGGCGGAGGAGUUCCGGGACAGUUUGGAGAAGCAGAAUGAGGCUCGGUAUCUGCGGGACCACAAAGAUGAGCUCAUAGAGGAACUCGCAACAACAAUUGUGCAGAAGAUCAUUCAGAGGAGGAAGCGAUCAGAGAUGCAGACAGAGUAUGACUUUGUCUGGCCACAACCUCAAUCUCUAGUCCAGACCGGUGAGCUGCCAUCUCCUUCUCAACCUCACACUUCAUCACAGGACCCUCUGAAGAACACCUACCCUCUGUGGCGGUCCCGAUCAGCAUUCUCCUUCACCAGUGACGACUCCCCAGAGAAGGGUCCAGAGGAGGAGGAGCAGGAGGCUGAAGCUGAAGCUGCUGCUGCUGCGGCUGGUGGAGGCGCUCUGCAGGAGUACGCUUCCCUAAAGAGGGAGGGCAAGGCUGCAUCGCUACCCGGCUGGAAAAGCAUGGAUCGCUUGGACAACUCAAGCGCAUCCUCGGUGCUGCAGAGCCCGGACGGAAACUGGAUCGCUCUGCACAGUUCGCAGCUCUCCCGGCCCAGCCUGCUCACCAAGAGGAAGAGCCUGGUGUUCAGCGUCUUGGAGAAGGAGUCCAGCGUGGUCUCUGCGUACGACGAGAUGGGCUCCGACUCGGAGGAGGAGAAGGACGACGAUGGCGGGUGGGGCGCGGCGCUCCAACAGUUUCGCCGCAAAUUGUCCGAUGAGACUUACUACACGGACUCGCAGCACGACCCCGAGUGGACUUACACCCAGCCCCUCGGUGUGACCUCGCCAUCCUCUGGCCUGUACACCAACACGGAGACCCUCAACUCGGACUCCGAGGCCUCGUCGGUGCUGUCUGCAUGUCCUCGCAAACCCACUCACAACUUGUUGAGGAGGAAGGGACCGGCGGACUCUCAGCUGCACCCUCAUCAGCAGCCGUUGUACCAUCUGCCCCUCCAGCAGAGCUUAUCCCAACACUCAGCCCACACAGAGGCGCUGGACGUGAACUUUAACCCCAAGCAGGUGACGGGAGACAGCAGCGAGGCGGACGACAGGCAGUGUGUCCGAAGAUCACGGAGACGCAGGAAAAGCAGAAAGGAGUCGUCAACGGACCAGAACAAACCUGGAGGUCCGAACCAUGCACAGUCCAUCUACCCCUUAGCACAGGAGAACAGUGGUUUUCUACUCAACGCCCUGCUGAAGAGAGGUUUAAGUGAGGAGCAGCCGGUGCCUGACAGUACCCUAGCAGCACCAGCUGGACAAGAUGCCCUCAAACUAGAUGCCAUGACAGCAGGAGAGCCAGAGCCCUCAGACACGGUGGCUCCAAAUUCUCCACAGCCCAACUCUGCUCAGCUUGACUCUGUGUCCCCGGGGCCAGAGAUCGUGUCCAGGAGCCCGGGGCCUGGAUCUGGCUCUGGAGAUUCUCUGGAAGUGGAAAUACGAUCUAAGCUCAGCCGGCUGGUCAGUCGAGGGAACAGCAAAGACGGCGUCUCAUCCGACGAGGAGGACGAACAGACGGAGAAAGAAAGUGAGAAACAGAAUGAGAAAUCGAGACCAAAUGAAACGGAGAGGAAAAGGCAGCGUGCAAGUGUCAAGAGGGAGAAAGGAAGUGGAGCGACGGAACAGGUGAACGGGCAGCAGAUGAAACGGGCUCCCGGAUUAGUGAAGAGCUCCUCGGCGCGAGAGGAAACGACAGCUCAGGAGAGGAGGUUAGAGAAAAGAGCAGAGAGUUUUGUAGAGAGAGAAGCCGAGAAGGAGCAGAAAAGAGGAGAGGUGAACAGAGUAAGUAAGAAACAGCGCAAGAGAGAUGGAGAGAAGGAGGCGGCGCAAAAAGGUGGAGCCAGGAGGAGCGGAUCCAGUGCAAGUUCACCUGCUGUUUCUCCUUCUUCCCAGGAGGGGGGGCUGUCAAACAACCAGGUGGGACAGAAUGACUUGGAACAACAACAGAGGCUUCAGUUGCUCUCUUCUGUCUUGCAGCAGCAAAAGUAUUCAGCAGCCUCACUGUGCAGCAUCACCACAGAAGUGCUGAAGGUCUUGAAUGCCACAGAGGAUCUGAUUGGAGAGGCUGGUGGUGAGAGCUACACCCCGUCUGAGUCCAUGAGUGCCUCUCCCAUAUCCAGCAGCUCCGAGACACGCAGGCUGGACCAGAGGCUUACCAAGAUGGAGGAGAAUGUGUACCUGGCUGCGGGAGCUGUUUAUGGCCUGGAGGGGGCGCUAGGAGAACUGGAGCAAUGUGCCCGCAGUAUUAGCAGUGGGACCACAGACACUGAUCUGGCCUUCCUGGAGGACCAGGUAGCCACUGCAGCAGCUCAGGUCCACCAGUCUGAACUACAGAUAUCAAAUAUCGAGGCCAGAAUUUCAGCUCUGAAAACAGCUGGGUUAAAUGUGACUGUCUGCAAUCGCUUCUCAAAGAUAAAGCCAAAGUCCAAGCCUGAAACACUGGACUCGUCGCGCCAUCAGAGAAGGAAACUCCCAGCACCUCCAUUAAAAGAAAAGUUGGAGUCAGAGCAGCAGGUUAAAGCUCUUCGGCCAUAGAGACAAGCAGCAGCACAAGUCCCUCAGGGCCACUUUACAGAGCCUCAGGGACAGGGGCCCUUCACAUCUAGUGCCUUGACCCAGCAUCUGCCUCCAGCUCUAGGCCAAGCAGGGGCUGACACCCACCCUGCGUUCUCCACCCUCAGCCAACCUCAACAGCUGCACCUCACAGGAAAACAUUAAAGGUUGUUUCUCUUUUUCACCAUUAACCUUCAGUAUUUCUUUCCUCAAUGCACACAUGUAAAAGCUGACUUAGCAUUUGGUGUAUCUGCCUUAAAAUCUGAAAACAAUCCUCAUGCUACAUACAACUCACAGAAUAUAUAUAUAUAUAUUCAUCUGUACAGACAAAGAAGAAUGCAAUGCCAUUCUUUAUCUGUUUGCAGCAGUGUUGUUACUAAGUGUAAGAUGAAGCUGUGGAAAGAUUGUGUGAAACUCUCUAUGAUUCAGUAUCAUGGAAAGACCGGGCAGUUUUUAUGCUGUCUUGUGUUUUUAGUUCCUAAGUAAACUGGUAAAAAAGAAUACAGGUAUUUAUCCACUCCCCAACUACCAUUGAUUUUUUUAUUUUUUUAUUUUUUUCAUUUUACACACUUAUAUCAGACGUCGGUUACACUCAAACCUUUGGUAUUUUAACAAUUUAAAAUCAGAUCAUUGCACUCACAGUAUCUGACAACAGUGUUUAAGAUAUGCAAAGUAUCUGGGCCAAAACAUGGAAGGACUUUUCCUACCACUGCAAUGUGCAGGAGCUAAAACAAACACAAAGCACAUUUGUGAUAUUGUUCAAUCUACUGUUGACGUACAGAUGAGAAUAAAAGAUUCAUAUAAUUGCAGUAUAGUUUAGAUGCCAGUGUUCUAGUUAGGGGGUAUGCUAAUUGAUAUCCAGCAUCCAGUUAAGCCAACAACCAGUUAUGUCAUGCUCCGUUCCUUCUAUAAACACAGAUCUAGGGUUUAUACCACACCCCAGGUCGAAUUUUUUCAUGUGUCAAAUUGGAAGACCAGUGAGAUUUGUCGUAUUGUUGUAGGCUAUCUGCACUAAUCUUUAUUUUAUGUAUUCAAACACUAAAGAAAUGUGUUUCCAAACUGAAGUUUACAGUAUGUUGUUGGUUUAAUGAGAGAGAAACUGACACAAAGCUCAUAAAUAGUUUAUAGCCAAGCAUCUUCUUUCACUGUAUUUUAUAUGCAUGGCAGCCAUAUUGGACAUUGAGCUCAGGGCAAUUUGGCGAUUUUCAAUUCUCCAAAACAAAAUUUUUCCUUCUUAGGGUGUUCUUAUUGUAUUUUUUUUAAAUUGUAACUCAAAAAAAAAAAAUCUAAUUUCUUAGUACAACACUGCAUACAGGAAGGGGGAACCAGCUGGCUUAAGUUGAAUAUUAUAGUAAAUGGAAGAAAAUGGCUUGUGCUAAAUACAGCAAAGUAAAAGCAAGGUGAAAUAAAUAACUUAUUCCGCCAUAAUUCAAUUCCAAUGUGUCUUUCUUGAAGAUCAAUUGUAUAUGUAAACAUGAUUUAUAUUAAACUUGGUGAAGGCCAAGGAGGCUCUAACAGCCAGUUAGCUUUGCUAUGCAUGAGGAAAGGGGGGAGAGCCAACCUGAAUAGAUGAUGCAGAUGAGAUAGAUAAUAUAAGUCCAGUAUGUCUGACUUUAAGAUCACUUUGAGUCUAGAUAUAGUGGAUGCUAAUUAUAAUGAAACAAACGGGCAGUCAGCAACUUAGGGAAAUGAAUCAUCAUCCACCAGCUUAACUAUGCACACAGGAAGUGGGAAACAAGUAGCCUAAAUCUUUUGACGAUGUCAAUGAAAUAAAGAUCUUAUUCUACCAUAGUUGGAGCCCAGUAUAUCUUUAAUCAGGGUGAAUUUGGAUCCAAAUAGAAAGUGUUAUAAACACAAUCAUGUCAGUAGGUAUCACAGCCAGUGACUCUCCAUCUGUUGGCUUAGCUAAGCAUUAGCACUGACGAAGUAGCUAGUUCAAUUAGCAAGGAUAUCUCUGAUGAUGAAAUAGACUAAAUGUAUGCAUGAUGCAUGAUAAUCUGCUGACAAAAAGUCAGCAACUAAAGCAAGAAAUUUAUUUCAAAUAAAUAAUUGGCACAUUUUAGCUAAGUACUUGUUGGGUGGCCAAAAAUUGAAAAAGUUUCUAGGCUUGGAAAAAAAGCAACUGCAAAUGACAUCAGGGUCUCCUUUUAGAAAUGUUAAGCUAAUAUGAAUCUUUGGUUUCUUGUUUUGUAAAAUGGCAACAAUUUACAACUGGCCUACAAUAUAAUCCUUAAAUUAGAGGUGGUGCACUGAUCCUUUUCAAUGAAUCCCAAACCAAAAAUAAUUUUCUGUAUGAUUUAAAACCAAGAUGAACACGGAACCACUGAAAUAAUAAUAACAACCUUAGUUUAACGAGGUUUGUCCCACUGAGCUCAAAACGUCUCCCUUACAAGACAGUUGAAAAAUUGAAGUCUGACAUUCGGUGACAAAAAAAAAAAAAGUUCUCUGUAGAAUUUAUUUUACUUUCCUUGUUUUCAACUUUGUGGCCUUUCUUUUUUAAAUAAAAUGUUUGUUUUUGUUGUAUCCUUUUCCGGGUCAUAGCUGAACAUUUGUGUUUUAAUCAUAAAAAUCUUGUUGAGAUUUUUACACAAUAACAUCUAAUGGGCUAUAUUAUAAAUGUCAUGAAAACAUGAUUUUGUUACAAACAGUUUAUUUUUGUACUUGCAGAACAUUUUUAUGCAAUAUCACAGAAAUAAGGACUAUUGCAAAUUAAAGGCUUUAUCCUAUCCUCUAAGGACCCCUAAUUAGUUCUGCCAGACUCAUGUGGUGAUUCAAACUGCUUUCAGUGUAAGCCUUCAUUUAUCAGCAGCGGUGACAUGAGUGUUACAAAAACAGGUUGCUACAAAAGGCAUGUUUAAAGUGGCCAGUGUGGUUCACACUGUACUUGUAUACUCCUUAGACACUAGAUUGGAGGAGACUGCCUUUCAUUCUGGGUAACUUUUCUUUACUCGGUGACGACUUACAUGAAUCAGAAUCUGAUUUAGCCAUGCACUUGGUUUUUCGUUUGCUUUGGCGAAAUAUAAAAACAGGGUUGGAUGUCCUGAUGGACUGCAUAAAAGAUGUGAUGAUGCUCUGUAUGAAUGCUCUUCCCUCUUCUAUUAGUGACCUUUUCAUCGCAGCCUUUCACAUCUUUCAGUUUGCACACACUGAUUCUGUACUUUUGUCAGUCUUGUUCUCCAAAAGGUGUUGUAGUAUAAAAGCAUGUUUCUGGUUUUAUUGGAUCGGUGUAAAGUUUUUCAUAAAAAGCACAUCUGCAAGGGUCCAAUCAUCGGUGUCCUGUAUUUUUCUAAUGUAAAGAACAAUAAUAUCUCAUCAAAAUGUUUGUUAAUGUAUGUAUAUGUGUUAAAAAGAGAUGGAUAUGAUAUAGUGCCACAUGUUUAUUGCCCAGUCGGUUCUUUUGGUGUUGUGUGCAAGAGACUGUAAAAAUUGCUAUAACUUGUGAGGCUGGAUUCAUACAGGAAGUUAAAAUUGUAGCUAUAAGAUGCCAGUAAUCUCAUCUUAUACUGGGAUUCUUGAAAAUGAAAGUGAAUGGCAAACAGAAAUUGCUUUUGUUCCUGUUUAAAUCCAGUCCGAGCAACACUGUGCACAGCUCCAAAGGCGGGCCAUUCACUUUUUUUAAUGUGUAAUCGUUUGUUGCAAUCCAUAUGACAUGUUGGGGAAAAUAUUAAAAUGCAAAAAAUACAGAUUCUCUAUGUGCCACAAUAUUCAGAAAUAAAAUGUAUUAUGAAAUAAAAUUUGCAAACUUGAA